AUGGUGGGUCCAUUCUCAAAAUCUCCCUUCUCCAAUUUCAGAGUGAGCCCUAUAGGUGUUGCAACGAGGAAAUAUUCUCUCAAAAAACGACUCAUUGUAGAUCUCUCGGCUCCUCGCGACUCCUCAAUCCCGAGUAUAAACAGCUUGAUUCCCCGUGAACCAUUCUCUUUGUAUUACGCUUCGGUCGAUAACGCUGUGCAGAUGAUUAAAUCUGCGGGGACUGGCGCAUGGCUGGGGAAAGCGGAUAGUUCAGAUGCCUUCAAGGUCGUGCCGCUUCACCCCUCACAAUGGCAUCUUUUCUGUGUUAAAUGGCGUUCAAAGUUCUAUUUCUCUGUUAGAUUAACCUUUGGUUGUCGUAGUAGCCCUCGCAUUUUUGACACCCUAUCCGAAGCCCUGUGUUGGAUUCUCUAUAACACUUGCAAACUCCCCUAUGCCUUGCAUCUCCUGGAUGAUUUUCAGGUAGUUGACUUCCCUUCUUCGCCACCCGCCCGCAGCAUCUCCACAGUCAGGGACCUCGUUCGUGAGUUAGGUGUGCCUCUUUCGGAGGAGAAAACUGUGGGACCUGCCACGCGCUUGGAGUUUCUGGGCAUAACUCUUGACAGCGUGCUCAUGCAAGCCUCGCUUCCGCAGGACAAGUUGAGUCGUAUUAGAGAUGCGAUUAGAUCUUUGUCUGCCUCUGCCGUUCUCUCUAAGCGGGAUCUUCUGUCUCUGUUAGGUCACCUUAACUUCGCUAUGCGCAUCAUCCCUCACGGUCGCUCGUUUAUAUCUCGCUUGCUGGUGCUAGCUAACUCGGUCCAGAAUCUGAAAGACACGGUGGUAUUGGAUGAGGGCUGCCGUUCAGAUUUGCGUUUUUGGUCUUUGCUCUGUGAUGAAUGGAACGGUAUUUCUUUCUUUUACAAUGACUUUGUGGAGUCUUCAGAUUCUCUCCGAUUGUAUACCGACGCUGCUCCUUCUGUUGGUUUUGGGGGUUUCUACAAUGAUGAAUGGUUUGCAGAUGUCUGGCCAGCUGAAAUUCAGUCCCUCGAGGACUCUAAAUCCACCACUUUCUAUGAGCUUCAUGCGACGUUUAACUUGGACAUGCAUUCUAAAUAA